GCCUGCCGGCCGGCCGCCUCAGUCCGUGACGCGCGUCCGCGGGGACGGCCGUACCGCACCGCGCAAACCCAAGCGCCCGCGAGUGACGACUGACGUACACAUGCGCUCCUUAUACUAUAGCUCUCCUUUUAUAGUACGAGUGACGCUUCAACAAUGCUGAUGGUACAGACCAACACUCAACCCAUGAAGAACAGCAAAAUUAAAGGUCCACCUCCUGUCCCGCCGCGACCCAACCAGAGCGUCGUCGCCGAGGCCCUAGCGAAAACAAGGAAAGCGGUCGCCGAUUCCAAGGCCAGCCUCGUCAAAUCUCGGACGCUGUCUAAGGAGCGGCAAGCCACGACCAAAGCCAAAACGUUAGAUCGGAGUUCCGCUAGCCCUUCGUCGGUUUCACCCAAACAGAAUGGUUUGGCCAGAGUCAAAUCGUUCAUCAAAGAUGUCAUCAGCGACCGAAGCUCCUCGUCCGAUGAAAGAAAGUCCAGCGGCCAAAACUCCAGGCGGAGCUCCAGCGACAGCAGCUCCAUACAGUCUCCGGCUUCGAAUAAGAGAUCCAACGAAUCACUAAAUUCUAAAGCAGUUAAAACAUGUAAACAAAUUUUAGUAAGGUCCUUGUCCACAUCGAAUAAAUUAGAUCAAGACGCUAAGGGUAAAGUCACGAAAUCUUCAAGUUUCGUGGAAAAAACCUUACCUUUGCGUAAAGCACCACCGCCGCCUUUAUCACCAAAACCUAAGUUGAAACCAAUAAAACCUUUACCCGUACAUAGGAAUUCCUUAGAAAGAAAGAAAUCAAUACCAUCGUUUCCAAAUUCUCCAACGACUUCAACUCCCGAAGUAAGUCCGUAUUCGUCGCCAGUAGAUGCUAAACCCCCACAGAGCCCGACGAUAGAAGCACCUUACGCCACCGUAGAGGAAGUUCAGGAAUUCGACGACAGAUUACGAAAUAGCCCGUCAAAGCAAGUCAAUAACCUCCCGGAUACACAAAACGCCCCCGACACUCCUAAUCGUGACGAAACUGUAAAUAAAAAUAACAAUUCACUCGAACGAAAAACCUCUCGCGUCACCGAGAUGCUAAUUUCAGAAAUAAUAGCCAGCAGAAACAAUAAAAAGAACGAAGCUAAUACAGUAAUAGAUAAAGGCAAGGAUUCCGAGAAUAUGAGUAACGGCAAUGAUUCGCCGGGGAUAGUGAUGAAGGAUAUGAAUAACCAUGAAAUGUUGAUCUACGAGCUACAGACGAUGCGCUCGCAGUCGAACGUGCCAGAGACGUUGGAGCCUAAGGAUCAUGUGGUCGAAAGAAGUGAAAAGUGUGAUUCUGAGGACUCAGAACAAAACUAUGCUAUGUCGUCAGUGUCGAAUUUCAGUGGGAACACAGAUGAUGAGAGUGACCAGGCCUAUGCGUAUAUUGUCGAUGAUGAUCUCAAAUCAAGGUUACGCAAACAGUUCAAAGCCAUCAGCACGAUGUCGCUGCAGGGUCUCCCGCCGCUGCCUAAGAGCCUGAGUGGCUUCGCGGACGGCGAGCAGGAUUCCCCGCCCGCCGCCCCCGUGGACGACGAGAAGCCCCCCACAGAUCUCGACUCGCAGCUCACCUAUUUGAAAAAAGAAAUGGCGAGCCUCCGUCAGUUGGACCUGUCGCUGCUGUCGGAGCUGUGGUCACUGAGCGAGGCCAUGGCGUCCUGGCGCCGGCAGCUGGAGCGCGGCCCGAGACUACGCCCCGCGCCGCCGCCGCCGCCCCCGCCGCACUACCUUAGAACAUAGCUAAUUCAUCCUUUCAAUCAUGACUAGACAACAUCGUAAGAACAGACAAACACUGGAAACUUUUUUUAGAAAUUUAGAAUAGGAGAUAGUUUUGACAGACGUUAGGUACCUACAUUUUUUUGUAUCCCAUUUUUUUGAGGAAAUAUUAAUAUGGACAUAUAGUUUUAACACGUUAGCAGUCCAGUCCCCAUACAAAAUAUUUUCAUUUCCUCGUAAGUUCAAGGAAAUUACUGCAAUCGCACGGCCAUGCUCCACAUAUGGGUCAUCAAUGUCACCAGAUACGUACUUAGAUUAGUACAAUAUCUUUCUGAAUGCCCGUCUGUUUUAAGACUAGAAUUCAAAAGAAAGACAGAUUUAAAAAUAUCUCUUUAUUAGUUAUGUUUAGGCGUUUUUGUCGUAUCUUAGUAACCCAUAUGUAGGGCACGGACUUGUGAAGAUAGUUCGUCGUGACCCAUAUAUGUGGGACUGGACUGUGAAGGUGUUAUUAAUAUCAUGGAACUCUCUCUACGCCAUACUGUCCAAAAAUUAUACUUAGUACGUAGGUACCUAUAAACAUCUUAUGGAUAGGUACUGAUUGUCUUUUGUUGCAACUGCAUUGGUAUUUGUAAUAAAGGGCGUCGAAUUUCCCUUCUGUUGUAAGAUUCCGGUAAAGUAAAAGAUCGGAAUUAUCUAAUACCUAUGAGUCUACAUCGUCACCAAAUUUAUAAAUAUCUAUACAAUUGUAAUGUAAGAUUUUAAAUUAUAGCCUAUUCCAAGCGCAUUUUUUAAAUUUCAAGCAUUGACAUAUAUUCUAAGAACUGGCCUUACGGGCAAAAAGAAUGGGACCAGUACAGUGGUGUCAAGCACACGAAUUCGAGCCAAUCGUGCAGUCUAACGCCGCAACGCAAUUGGUUGAUGAGUUCGCAUCACGUGCGCGAUUGGUCGCAACUAAUUGCGUUAAGGGCCCUCCACACUCGUGCGCGAAUCUAGGCGCGAAGCCGCGAACGCGGGUGAGAAGGGCCCUCGCGUCGAUUUCGCAGAUUGUUCACGCCUUCGCGCCUUAUUCCCCGUUUUUUGUCGGUAUUUUGCCCGCGUCAAAGGAGACGCGUAGCGCGAAAUUGCAAGACUCCACACUCGCGAUCGCUUCGCGCCACGAUUCGCUCACGAGUCGGUUAAUCUGUUAAACUGUCAUAACCUUCUAUGGCGGCUACUUGGUUAUAUUCGGUGCGAACUUGAUCAGCCAAAAAUCAAUUUGACAGUUCCCAGUUUAAAUCAGUGCCUUGCCGCAAACUAAAUCCGAUCAGCUGACGCUUCGGCGCCAUCUUGCCGCGAAGCAAACUGCGAAAUCGCCGUGAAGUUGUGCGAGUGUGGAGUCUACGUCAACGUCGCGGUAUGUUCGCGCCGCGAUUCACGCGCAUAGUCUGGAGGGGGCUUUAGACUACGCUCUCACUAUUUUCGAGUAAGAUUCCCCAUUUUAUGAGAUUUUCCUUUGAUCGACCGACUCCCACCCGUAGACGGUUCAAGGCCCGCCAAAUUUUCUUCCGCCAAGUUCUGAGAUGUUGCGCCUUGUACGCAAAAUAUUGAAUCUCCAGUUUUGGUACAAUCGGUUUCGUAUGCUUUUUCCGUCCAUUGAUCGAUGCCCUCCAUUCCACAGCAAUGUCUUGCGCACUCACAAGUUUUAACAAGUUGCUCGCUGAGAACGUCUUGUAACACUUGACGACCAUUGCCGGAAUAAAUAUACUUAGAGAUAUAUGUCAGUGAUUUCAAGUGACGGUGUUUCUGUUGUUUACUUUUGUGAAUAAGUUAUACCUAGUCUGGCCAACCAUUUCCGUGUCUGUCAGUCACCUUCAGAAUCAUAUACCCAACCCUUUCUUUGGGUUGAUAAUAUUUAAGAAUUGUAUUUUUACGUGAUUGGUUGGCCAAACUAUAUCUAAUAAUAUCGCUGAUCACCACAGACGUAGGAAAUGUGUAUAUUGUGUGGACUGUAAAAAUAUUUGGUUGCAAUUGUACUUUUUUUUAAUAAAUCAUGUGUAAGUGUUUCAACUAA